AUGGUGGCAUGGACGCUGGCCACUGGAUGGUGGCCAUGUGUUCUCCUCGGCAGCGGCUUGCUUGCUUUUGCGAACGACUGCGUCGAAGAAUACGAAGCUCGCAUCAGGGACUGGGUGGACAUGUCCCAAGCUGUUUCUACCUACACGCCGGUGGGUCAUCGGCCGGCUGCCUACUGGGAGGAGGUCAUGGGCCGCAAGGACAUUCCUGUGUCGGCGCCAGAAAGCCUGGGCUACACAGACCCCUGGCUGCAGCGUCUCUUCGGAGGGGCGAGGGGGGAGCUGCUGGGCUGCUGGGUGUCUGGGGGCCGCUACUGGGAGGCCAAGUUUCGCAUCCAAGAGCUGCUGCCGAGGCUGUCGAGCACUCGGCGCACACUCUUUGUGGAGCGACUCCUGCGGCUCCUCCCCAAAGUCGACCUGGAGACGGGUGCGGGGGCCGUGCCCCCAGAGAUGCGCUUCAGCAUCUGCGCGCCGGCGCAGUGCCAGCAGCAGGAGCUGUUAGAGGAGGUCGCGCCCCGCUUCCUGUCGCAUCACGUCUUCGAAAAGCUGCGCGGCUUUGCGGGCGUGAACCUUUCCACCGCCAUAGACGCCGAGGAGAUGGUGGACUGGACAGGGAUCAACUUGGAUUUCGCCAUUAUCGGAGUUUUCAACUGCGGCACUACGUCGCUGAACCGGAAUCUGGACCAGCACCCGGAGAUUGUUUUCUCUUCAGAGGGUGAGGACCUCUUCUUUGCCGCUGAGGUGAUCCACCGUUUGCUGCCCCUCAAGUCCCAGGUGGACGGCUUCAACCGCGUCAUGGAGGCGGCGGCCGAGAAGAAGUUCCAAGUCACCGGGCAGAGGCCACGGCUGCGGGGGGUGUACAACCCAACGCUCUUCAGCAUGGGCCUGGCUCGAAUGGCCUUGGCCUCCAUCGAGGACCUCCGGGUCUUGCUGGUCCUGUGCGACCCCCUGAAGCAUAUGGAGCGGCGCUUCCUGGAGCACCACUACUGCCACCAAGACCCAGCCUGGGCCUUCCAGCAGGAGCUCAGCCGCAAUCGGCCGGAGGACUCCUGCUUCCCCAGCGCGGAGGCUUUGCUGAGGCCGGAGCCAAGUCUUCAAUACCUUUGGACCAACCUCGACCUGCUCUCGGUUUGGAAGCGAUUUUCUCAAGCCAAGCUUCUUGAUCAAGAGGCCUUGAGUAGCGCUGCGACUUAUCAAAGCAUCGCCCGCUUUUUGGGCGUCGCUCCCUUUGGCCCCGGCCAACGCUUUCAGCGGUACAACACCAUGGGCAAGUACCGCACAGACCUUUGCCGGAACGCGUCGCUGGUGCGGCGUUUGCACCGGCGUUUGAAGCAUGCCUUUGACGUCCAGGAGCAGCUCUUCCGUCUCGCGGGCGAGCCGGUACCCGAAAGACUCCGCACACAUCAGCCUCACUGCGCGAGGGUUGCGAAUGCUGUGUUCUGUCCUAUUCACAAGCCCUGCGCCGAUGAGAGACUCACUCGGGGCUUCGAAAGCUAG